UACAACGGGCCGUCGCUCCUUAGUCUCUCACGUACCUGGCAAAGGUAAUAUCUUUAAUUUGAAUUUGGGUUUGACUGAGUUUCCGUAAAUUAACAUGAUUGGAUCCUUAAUACUACUUUAAUUCGUUGUUAUAGGAGGAACAUUCUUAAUACCUUGAUCUUAUCCAAUGAGGUCUUAUGGGUUCCUGUCAAGGAUUAAUUAUAGUAAUGUUCUCCACGAUCAGUCCGUGAAACUUUUCGUUGUCUACUCAGGCUAUACAAACUAUACUGGCAAGUCGGCGCUGGACUUCCGUCUCAUAUUGAGGAGGUGAUUUGCAUAUAGAGAAUAUGGGUGUUUGUUGGUCUGCCAAAAUGGACAUGGCCAAGGUUACGAGUCACGUCCCGGUUCGAAUGAUAUAAAAGAUCGUUCGUUUCUUCAAAAUUUUGAGCAUCUAACCACACACAAUCUUUACUUCUUCCAUUGUCUUUUAAAAUGGGUUUCAAGAAUGUUCUCCUCGCUGCCGCUGCAGUAGCACCUACUGUGUAUGCUCAGGGCGCUGGUUAUACACAAUGUAAGUUAUCAUGCUUCAGUUGGUAUGGAACUGUCGUUAACAUAAAAUCUAGGUGGCGGUCAAGGCUGGACUGGCGCAACAACUUGUGUUUCUGGAUACACCUGUUCUUAUAAUAAUGCAUACUAUUCUCAAUGUCUACCUGGCUCGGGGGGUGGUGCAUCGAGUUCCGGCCCAUCAACUACCGCUCCUACAACAAUCGUCACAUCCACGACGAAAGCUUCCACUACCACAGGUAACAGUGCAACAACAACAGCAGCACCAGCCGCAGGCAACCCAUUUUCAGGCAAAGCACUUUACGCAAACCCAUACUAUGCUUCUGAGAUUUCCGCAAGUGCAAUUCCUUCACUCACUGGAGCCAUGGCCACUAAAGCUGCCGCGGUAGCAAAAGUUCCAACCUUUUUCUGGCUGUAAGUUAUUUUUUUCAAUCAGAUGACGAAUGUGAAAGCUAAUAAGCUCAGUGAUACCGCUGAUAAAGUUCCAACGAUGGGAACCUACCUUUCCAAUAUCCGAGCCUUAAAUAAGGCAGGAGCAAACCCACCAGUUGCCGGUACUUUCGUGGUCUACGAUUUACCUGACAGAGAUUGUGCAGCAGCUGCUUCCAAUGGAGAAUAUAGCAUUGCAAACAAUGGCGUGGCGAACUACAAAGCUUAUAUCGAUUCAAUUGUUACUAUUCUCAAGAGCUAUUCUGACACUAGCGUUAUUUUAAUCAUCGGUAAGUAAAUUCUUCAUCCUUUACUAAAGUAGAUUGGCGAUUGACAAUUUAAUAGAGCCGGACUCGUUGGCAAACCUAGUUACCAACCUAAAUGUUCAAAAAUGUGCCAAUGCACAGUCAGCUUACCUAGAAUGUACCGAAUAUGCAAUCUCAAAGUUGAACCUACCAAACGUCUCCAUGUACUUGGAUGCUGGACAUGCUGGUUGGCUAGGAUGGUCUGCAAACAUUGGUCCAGCUGCACAACUCUUUGGUCAAGUCUACAAAGCAGCAGGAAGCCCAUCUCAAGUCAGAGGUCUCGCAACCAAUGUCGCAAACUACAAUGCUUGGACUAGCAGCAGUUGCCCAUCUUAUACUUCUGGUGACUCUAACUGUAACGAGAAGUUGUACAUCAAUGCUCUCGCUCCACUUUUGACAGCACAAGGUUUCCCAGCCCAUUUCAUCAUGGAUACGGGUAAGUGAAAUGCUCUAUAGCCUUCCUUGAGGAUGAAGUUAACAGUAAAAAUAGCUCGCAAUGGAGUUCAACCAACCGCUCAACAAGCAUGGGGAGAUUGGUGUAAUGUCAUCGGAACCGGAUUCGGUGUUCGACCUACCACCAACACAGGAGAUGCCUUGGAAGAUGCCUUUGUCUGGGUCAAACCAGGUGGAGAAGCCGAUGUUUGUUUCCCCUGUUCCAUACUUCAAUCUUUCAUCUACUAACUUUCGAAAAGGGUACUUCAAAUACAACAGCAGCUCGAUACGAUUUCCACUGCGGUCUCUCGGAUGCCCUUCAACCAGCUCCGGAAGCUGGUACUUGGUUCCAAGCUUACUUUGCCCAAUUACUCACCAAUGCUAAUCCUAGCUUUUAAAUUGAGGAAAUUUGGAUGAGGGGAUUGGGUCGCUGAUGCAUACAUUCUUUUAACGCGAUACAGUAUGAGGAAAUGAGACAGUCUUUACUGCAUGGUCAAUCGUUAUGUUAUUUUUUCUACCCUAAAAUUUGUACAUAAAGUUCUAUCUUCUCUUC